GGUUAGCUUCUCUCUCUUUCUCUCUCUCUCUCUCUCUCUUUUUUCUUUCCACACACAUCCACAAAGCUAGCCGGGUUCUUCCAUGGGCUCCCCAUAAAACCAAAAAAGAAAUUCGAAAUUUGCGCGUAUUUUCGACUGCUUCGUCUUCUUUCCACGCAGCAGCGAAAGAGAAAUUAAGAGAAAAAUCUAGGCUGAGGAUGUCGCGCGCGGCGGCGGUGGUGCUGUCGGUGGUGGCGGUGCUGGCGCUGGUGAGCGCGGAGGACCCGUACCUUUAUUUUACGUGGGAAGUGACGUACGGGACGAUCGCGCCGCUCGGCGUCCCCCAGCGGGCCGUCCUCAUCAACGGGCAGUUCCCCGGGCCCGAGAUCAACUGCACCAGCAACAACAACAUCGUCAUCAACGUCUAUAACUAUCUCGACGAGCCCUUCCUCCUCUCAUGGAAUGGGAUCCAGCAUAGGAAGAACUCGUGGCAGGACGGGAUGCAGGGGACGAACUGCCCGAUUUUGCCGGGGCAGAACUUCACGUACCACUGGCAGCCCAAGGACCAGAUCGGCAGCUUCUUCUACUUCCCGUCCCUCGGCAUGCACAAGGCGGCAGGCGGAUUCGGCAGCCUCCGCGUCCACAGCCGACUCCUCAUCCCCGUCCCCUUCGACCCCCCCGCCGACGAGUUCACCGCCCUCAUCGGCGACUGGUACACCAAGGACCACGCCGUCCUCGCCCGCCUCCUCGAAGCCGGCCGCAGCAUCGGCCGCCCCGCCGGCAUCCUUAUCAACGGCAAAUCCGGCAAGGACGCCGCCGGCAAGGACGAUCCCCCGCUCUUCACCGUCGAGGCCGGAAAGAUCUACCGCUUCCGCGUCUGCAACGUCGGCCUCAAGACCUCCCUCAACUUCCGCGUUCAGGGCCACACCCUGAAGCUCGUUGAGAUGGACGGAUCGCACACCGUGCAGAACACGUACGACUCGCUCGACGUCCACGUCGGCCAGUGCUACUCGGUGCUCGUGACCGCCGACCAGGCCGUUGGCGACUACUACGUCGUUGCAUCGACCCGGUUCGUGAAACAGGUGCAGACUGCGACCGCGGUGCUCCGUUAUGUUGGUUCCACCGCCCCGCCGUCCGCUGUCCUCCCCGAGGCACCCUCCGGCUGGGCCUGGUCCCUCAACCAGUGGCGCUCCUUCCGCUGGAACCUCACCGCCAGCGCCGCCCGCCCCAACCCCCAGGGCUCCUACCACUACGGCAGCAUCAACAUCACCCGCACCAUCAAGCUCGCCAACUCCCGCGCACGCGUUGACGGCAAGCUCCGUUUCGCCCUCAACGGCGUCUCCCACGUCAACACCGACACCCCCGUGAAGCUCGCCGAGUACUUCAACGUCUCCGACGGCGUGUUCAAGUACAACCUCAUCAGCGACGUGCCCCCCGCCGCUGACGCCGCCGUCACCAUCGCCCCCAACAUCAUCACCGCCGAGUUCCGCACCUUCAUCGAGAUCGUGUUCGAGAACCCCGAGAAGAGCAUCCAGUCCUACCACCUCGACGGCUACUCCUUCUUCCCCGUCGGGAUGGGGCCGGGGAAGUGGACACCGGAGAGCCGGAAGGCGUACAACCUGCUGGACGCGGUGAGCCGGCACACGAUCCAGGUGUACCCGCGGUCGUGGACGGCGAUCAUGCUGACGUUCGACAACGCGGGGAUGUGGAACCUGCGGUCGGAGAUCUGGGAGCGCCACUACCUCGGCCAGCAGCUCUACGUCAGCGUCUUGUCGCCGGCACGGUCGCUCCGCGACGAGUACAACAUGCCCGACAACGCCAUCCGGUGCGGCGCCGUCGUCAGCCUCCCGCUGCCGCCAUCUUACGUGUGAGAAUCAAUAAAAAAAAAUUAUAAUAAUAAUAAUAAUAAAAAAAUGCAGAUUGAUCCGGCGGCAGCUGACGUGGCCCAGCGGGAAGGUCGACGUGGCAUGAAAUUGUUUAUUAUUAUUUUUUUAAGGAGAGGAAUUGAGAAAAGAGAAAGUUUGCUUGGAUUAAUGAAAUUUGGAUAAUGGUGUUGUUGUAAUAAUGGUUCUGAUAAUAAUAACAAAAAUGGGCCACUGUAAUUUUUUUUUUAUUUAAAUUUUUGGUGCUAUAUGUAAUCGGAUGCACUCUCGAAAUUCAAAUAUGGGAGCAUUUUAACUCA